CAACGUCUUGCUUCGAGUGGCACCUACCGCGAAUAUUUUAGCGCACCCAACACCCACCACCCACCACCAUCUCCUACUCUCUCUCUCUCUCUCUCUGCAACCGAAGAAGAAGAAAGCAGAAAGUAAAAAAAAAAAUGAAAUUAAAAAGAGCUUCUAAGUUUUCGACUUGAAAAUUUUUUCUUCUUUGAAUCUCUAAGAACUUCCUCUCUGCAACUAUAGAAUUUGUUCUUCAGAUCUGCUUUGAACUUCCAAAUUUUCUCCGUUCCUCUACCUUUCUCUCUGUUAAAGCGCCAUUUCUUCAGGCUUUAUAAUUUGAGAUGGACCGCCGCAGUUGGCCCUGGAAGAAAAAAUCAUCAGACAAAACUGAAAAAGCAGCUACUGUAUCAGAUACUGCUGGUGCUUCAGCUGGAUCUCAAGCAGAGCAGGAUAAUCCCAAGAAAGUAAAUUAUGUCCAACUUCCUGUGGAGUCAUAUAAUCAUCUGACUGGAUUGGAGAAUCAAGUUAAGGUGAUGGAGGGUCAAAUUAAGAUAUUGAAUGAGAAUCUGUCCUCAGCACAAUCAGAGAUGACUACCAAGGACAAUCUGGUCAAGCAGCAUGCCAAAGUUGCUGAAGAAGCUGUCUCAGGCUGGGAAAAGGCUGAAGCUGAAGCUUCAGCAUUGAAACAUCAACUUGAAUCUGUUACCCUUCUGAAGCUUACUGCUGAAGAUAAAGCAUCUCAUCUAGAUGGCGCUCUCAAAGAGUGCAUGAGGCAGAUAAGAAAUUUGAAGGAAGAACAUGAGCAGAAAUUACAUGAUGUUGUUCUUGCAAAAACAAAGUUGUGGGACAAGAUCAAGCUUGAUCUUGAAUCAAAGAUUGUGGAUUUAGAGCAAGAACUUCGUAGGUCCUCUGCUGAGAAUGCUGCAAUUUCAAGGUCACUGCAAGAGCGUUCCAACAUGCUGAUGAAGAUCAGUGAGGAAAAAUCCCAAGCGGAGGCUGAGAUUGAACUUUUAAAGGCCAACAUACAGUCAUGUGAAAAAGAGAUAAGUUCACUUAAGUAUGAGCACCAUAUAGUUUCCAAGGAGCUUGAAAUUCGGAAUGAAGAAAAGAAUAUGAGUAUGAGGUCUGCAGAGGUAGCUAACAAGCAGCAUUUAGAAGGUGUGAAGAAAAUUGCUAAGCUCGAAGCAGAAUGCCAAAGAUUGCGUGGCCUUGUUCGAAAGAAGUUGCCUGGCCCUGCUGCAUUAGCUCAAAUGAAGCUGGAAGUUGAGAAUUUGGGCAGGGACCAUGGGGAAACCCGAUUACGGAGAUCUCCUGUAAAAAGUCCUAGCCAACUCUCCGAGUUUUCCCUGGACAAUGUUCAUCAAUCCCAGAAAGAGACUGAAUUUCUCACAGCACGUUUAUUGGCAAUGGAGGAAGAGACAAAGAUGCUGAAAGAAGCUCUUGCCAAGCGUAACAGUGAGUUGCAAGCUUCAAGAAACACGUGUGCUAAAACCACCAGCCGGCUUCGAAGCUUAGAAGCACAGUUGCAGGUAGCCAAAAUUCCUAUCGAAGGCUCCUUAUGUCAAAAUGCAAGCAACCCUCCUAGUUUGACAUCCAUGUCCGAAGAUGGAAUUGAUGAGGAUGGAAGUUGUGCUGAGUCUUGGGCUACAGCACUGAUUUCUGAACUCUCCCAUUUCAAGAAGGAAAGGAAUGUUGACAAGAUUAACAAGGCUGACAGUACAAAUCACUUGGAGCUUAUGGAUGACUUUCUUGAGAUGGAGAGGUUAGCAUGUCUAUCAACUGAGUCCAAUGGUGGCAUCUCCAUUCGUGAUGGUUUUACUGAUAAGAAGGCUGAAAACACAGAGGAUAAUGCUAUUGUUGAUAGUAUGAAGGGUGGGGAUCUUAACACGGAACAGCAGACAGGUGCUGAUGCAUCAGGAGAUCAGGAUUCAUCUAAUGUGGAAAUGCCAGUAGUGGAGAUUGAAUCUUCUGCCGUUCAAGUUCCAUUUUCACAGCUCCAAUCAAGAAUUUUGAUGAUUCUUGAGUCUCAACCUAAGGAUGCAAAUGUCAAGAAGAUUUUAGAGGAUAUAAAGAAUGUUGUGCAGGAUAUUCAAGAGUCUCUACCUCAGAAAUCUCUUAGUUGUAGAUUGAAGGAAUCCCAGUCUGCAGAUUGUAUUUGCAACAAAGAGCCCUGCCCUCAAGAUAUUGGGGAAAGUGUGGAGAGUGAGAUCUCUCUUAUUGAAGACAAAGAACUGGUCAAAGAUACUGAGCAUACUAUAGAACAUGAAUUGGCAACUGCUGUUUCUAAGAUUCAUGAUUUUGUAACAUCACUGGGCAAAGAAGCUAUUAUGGCCGUGCAGGACAGGUCUCCUGAUGGGCAAGGAUUGUGUCAAAAAAUUGAGGAAUUCUCUGCCUCUGUUGACAAGGUUCUAUGCAACAAAUUGAGUUUGGUCAACUUCAUUCUUGAUCUUUCUCAUGUUUUAGCCAAAGCAAGUGAAUUAAGCUUUAGUGUCCUGGGUUACAAGGGAAAUGAAGGAGAAAGCAACAACUCUGAUUGUAUAGACAAGGUAACUUUACUAGAAAACAAGGUAGUUCAGGAUGACACAGUGAGAGAGAGGCUUCCUAAUGGUUGUUCUGACAUUCCUCACUCUACUUCUGAUCCUGAGGUUCUUCAAGAAGGAAGCUUUAUCCCAGGCUUUGGAUUGAGGUCCACAUCAUGCAAAUGCUCAUUUGAGGAGUUGGAACAAUUGAAAUCAGAAAAAGACAGUAUGAGAAUGGAUCUCCAGAGGUGUACUGAGAAUCUGGAACAUACAAAAUUCCAGUUGCAGGAAACAGAACAACUUCUUGCUGAACUUAAAUCACAAUUGGCUUCUUCUCAAAAAAUGAACAGUUUGGCAGAUACACAGUUGAAAUGUAUGGCUGAAUCUUACAAGUCACUUGAAACACGUGCAGAGGAGUUAGAAGCUGAAGUUAAUCUUCUGCAUGCCAAAGCAGAGACUUUAGAAAAUGAACUUCAAGAAGAAAAGAUGAAUCAUCAGGAUGCUUUGGCUAAAUGCAAGGAUCUUGAAGAGCAAUUAAAACGGAAUGAGACCUGCUCCAAGUGUUCAUCAAAUUCUGCUGUUGAUAUUGAUAUCAAGACCAAACAGGAGAGAGAGAUAGCAGCUGCAGCAGAAAAGCUAGCAGAGUGUCAAGAGACCAUAUUUCUCCUAGGCAGGCAGCUGAAAUCUAUGCGGCCUUCAGUGGAAUUUGCAGGUUCUCCAUACAACGAAAUGCAUCAGAGAGAUGAAGGUUUCAUUGAAGAUGGGUCAAUUUCUAGUGGCUUGAACCGGCGAGGCAUGCAUAGUUCACAAGACUUUGAUCACACUGAAAUGGAAACAUCUGUUUCUAACAUAAGCAGAUUGGGUGGAGAGUCCCCAUCAGAUGCAUAUAAUUCCAUAUUUAGUCCAUCUGACACUGAAGCUAAUAUGCUCAUGAGAUCGCCAAUCAGCUCCAGGCGUCCAAAGCACAGGCCUACCAGGUCAGCUUCCUCUUCUUCAUCUGCCCUGACGCCAGAGAGACAUUCACGUGGAUUCAGCAGAUUUUUUUCCUCAAAACCAAAGAACAACCAUUAGCCAGCAACAAGGCCAAUUAAUAGGUCCUCAUGGCAAACAGUGGUGGAGAUUUUUGUAGAUAGGGGAUUUGUGCCGUUUUUGACAAACCUACUGACGGAUCAACCUGGUCUAAGUUUUGAUGCUUUUUAUCCUGGAAGUAGAUAUAUGGGUGCACAGACAUAAGAUGACAUUGGCUGAUCAUUGAUCAAUCAUCUUUGAUACACAGUUACAUGUGGGAGAUGUAUAGUUUAAUUAUUUGCAUGUAAAGCAUUCCUCAUCACUUUUUACUGUACUUCCAUUGGGAGGUGGGAUUUGUGACAUUAAAAAUCAUUCAUGGUAUCUCGUAAAAACUCUUGGGUUUUCUCACUUUGUUUUGAGGAUGGUGAGGCCAACCAACCUCGGAAGUCGGUCGUGUACUAGUAGCAUAGACGAUGACGUUUCAUAGCCAUAGGGUUAAGGUUAGGGUGUUCUUUUUUUGUUUUAGGAAUGGUUUUCACUUGAUCACCAUAUCAUUCCAUUGGGUUUUCUUUUUUCUUUUUGGUGUAAUGGUUUGUUCUAUUUGACAUAAGAUAUUAAGAUCUAAAUCUAUUUACCGAAUUUGUUCUUUGUUCAA